UUGUUUACAUUACUGGCACACGGGUCAGGAGUGUGGUGAUGAAGGAGGGAGGGGGGGAGGCCUAGUGGAGAGUCUGAAAACACGUACUCAUCCUGACUGGCUCUACAGCACAGGCUCUGUCUCCCGCAACAAAGUUUGCAGCGCUCAGGCUCAGCAGUGCCACGCAGGAAGAGAGGCCCGCAGAGUCGACUUUUUGGAGCGACCUUGGAAAGAAAGAGAAAGUCAAAACAAAGACAACCGCCAUAACCAUCAGGAGAAACUCUCAGCGUGAAGAAGGAACAGCUUAGCAACAGAGUCCCACUUCCUGAGGUGUAAAGGAUCAAGCUCCUAACACCAUGGAUAUGGACACGCAGCCACAAGGACAGCAAGCAGCCGUGCCUGUGUUCCAACCCCAGAAACCACUGCAGCCAGAUAUGGGCCAUAAUUCGCUGGCUAACUUCCAGAUUGAGAAGAAGAUUGGUCGUGGGCAGUUCAGUGAGGUGUACCGGGCGAGGUACCUGCUAGACAACACAUCAGUGGCCCUGAAGAAAGUUCAGAUAUUCGACUUGAUGGAUGCCAAAGCUCGGCAAGAUUGCAUCAAAGAGAUAGAUCUCCUUAAGCAAUUGAACCACCCCAAUGUGAUAAAGUACCAUGCAUCUUUUAUUGAGGACAAUGAGCUAAACAUAGUCCUGGAGUUAGCAGAUGCUGGGGACCUCUCACGUAUGAUCAAGCACUUUAAGAAGCAGAGGAGGCUUAUCCCAGAGAGAACAGUGUGGAAAUACUUUGUCCAACUCUGCAGUGCGCUCGAACAUAUGCACUCCCGCAGAGUCAUGCACAGAGAUAUCAAGCCAGCCAAUGUAUUCAUCACAGCCACAGGAGUAGUGAAACUAGGAGACUUGGGACUGGGACGAUUCUUCAGCUCCAAAACAACCGCCGCUCAUUCGCUAGUGGGUACUCCUUACUACAUGUCACCAGAGAGGAUACAUGAAAACGGAUACAACUUCAAAUCUGACAUCUGGUCGCUAGGAUGCCUGCUCUACGAGAUGGCAGCCCUACAGAGCCCGUUCUACGGGGAUAAGAUGAACCUUUACUCCCUUUGUAAGAAGAUAGAACAGUGUGACUACCCCCCUCUUCCCUCAGAUCACUACUCAGAGGAGCUGAGGAACUUGGUAGAUAUGUGCAUCAACCCCGACCCGGAGAAGAGGCCGGACAUCACCUAUGUGUACGACAUUGCCAAACACAUGCAGAACCUCACACAGGGCAGCUAAGCCCAGAGUUAUACACACUAUAGCUUGCAGAACUCCUUCAACCUCCCCCCUUGCUUUUCAUGCUGGACUUGAACACAUCUAUCAGCUUUUAUACAAUAACUUACUCCAGAGUUUAACUCCUUGUGAUAAGUAGUACGUGUAACAGAUUUUUAUUUCCAAGGCGAUGGUACAGUCUAUAACAUGACUGACACCCAAACCUUUUUGCCCUAGGAUAAAGAUUAUAGAGAUUAUCAUUUCUUGUCAGAUGGACCUCCCAUUCCUUAGACUUGUUACAUGUUACAGCACUGAAAAUCUGUGUGUUGUAACUCACUGAUGUGUUUGUUGCUAUGGCUUUAAAAAGCUUGUCCUCUGUAUUUUCAUGUAGUGAACUAAAGCCAAGCUUCAGCAGUUGCUACUAGCAGACGCUGUUAAAAGCAGAUAUACUGGAAAAUGGUAAAAGUAGCUAAAUUUGUAAUGGAAUGAUUGUAAUGUUUGGUGUUGCCACCUAUAUCUUCAAAACAAUUCAUCAGUGCAAAUAUUAAAAAUGACCUUGUAGGCUUUUGAUGUGUCUCAUGCAACCUAUGGUAAGCAAAUGCAGAAAAAAGACCACAAAACCUUUAGGACAAUGAUAAAAUUGGAGUGAAAUAGUUUUCACUCAAUGGCAGCAAAACUGAGAGACGUACGACGAGUGUUAUUGAUGGUUGAAGUGUUGUUGUGUUGCACUUUUUAUCCUGGUAACGGAAGGCUGGCAGGGUGAUCAUGUCUAAUGAAUGUAUUAAGAAAGGAAGGAUCAUUUAGAGGGUAGACUAGAGACGUGCUGCGGGGAGAACAUGGGCAAAUGUCUCCACAACACUUUGAAUGUAAGUCAUUUUGACACCUAUGUAUUGUCUUUGAAAAAUUCAAAAUGUCUCUUUUUUGACAGCCUAGAGGGAGUGGUAAGAGAGUUUUACAGUUUUACAUCAGCUGUUUACCUUAGUCACUGACACCACUGGAGAAUAUUUCCUCCUUGGUUCAGCUUAAGCAAAAUAUACUGUUAUUACAGUGUGAGGUUUUUAAGGAUGGUAAAAUCACAAUGAAGACAUGAAAAAAUCAAAAUUAAAACACACAGUUCUCCAUCAUGGUCCAGUGGAUCCAUUUGUAGACAUAAUUUUGUGACUGUUAAUGUUGCUGUGUAAGUUUGCAGUGCAUGUGUCCUGUUAAGUAACAAAUAUGGUAAUGAGAUAGCAGAUUCGUGCCUGGUGUAAUGUCAUGAGUAAAUCAGAGCGUGCCUACAUAACUUCUGUGCUAAGCUGAAACCAAAAAGUCACACACGGAGAGAGGGCAGUUUAUAUAUAUAUAUAUAUAUAUAUAUAUAUAUAUAUAUAUGUGUUAAGGUAUCUUUUAUAAAAAAGUAUCUAAUUAGUACUGAAAAAAAAAACUAAACAAAGAAACAAGCACCAAUGGGUCUCAUUUGGUUUUACUGUACAUAGUGAGAAGUUCCUAUAGUUCUAAUACUGUAGGGUUUUAGUGACCCUUUUAAAUUUGGAGGGAGGCAAUGGCGAUAUAAUUUUUUAUUUUCUUUAAAGGUUUACACCAGUGGGUCUCAAAUGACCAGCACUGACCACCACUGGUUUACAAAAUGAUAAUGAUACCACAUGGAAGGGAAAGUACGUAAACAGUAAUUGGUAACGCUUUAUUUCAGUGUCUUAUGAAUUUUCUUUUAACAUCAUCAAAUAGUCUGUUAACUAUUCAGUUGAACUAUGACACAUGUAUGCACAUGUCCUUCAUGUUUUUGUUUUCUUUUUUUAAUUAACAUUCAAUAUCAAUGUGUUAAAUACAAAAUCAAAGCUUUUAGGUGCAAGAAAAUGUAAGUUAUUUUGUUAUGGUUAACAGAAUAUUUUGAUAGUAUGUUGCUACUAGUUAUUUUUCUGAGAUGCGCAAAUACAGUGUUUGCAAUUUUUGUUUGCAAUUAUA